AUGACUGUUAUUAUUCAUAGUUGUUUCUCUCAACUUCAUUUUGAUAUAGAUCAAAAUGAAACUGCAAAUGAUACAGAAUCUGAAGAUAAUGAUGUCAAUUGCAAGAAUGAUAUGAAGCUCAUAGAUGGAGUUGAAAAUGUGGAGGAACCUAAGCAAGGAAUGGUAUUUAACUCCUUAGAUGAAAUUGCGUUGCAUUAUAGGAAAUAUGGAAAGCAACAAGGUUUUGCGGUGGUACAAAAGAAUGAAAGAAAGAAUACAAGUGGGCAUACAUGUUAUAUCACUCUAUCAUGUGCAAGUCAAGGCACCAGAAAAGCCAGUUCAAGUAAGCCAAUUCAAACAACUAGAACUGGGUGCAAGGCUUGUUUGAAUGCAAGAUUAGUUAAUACAAAGUGGUAUGCGACUAAUGUAUCUGCUAAGCAUAAUCAUGAUUUAAGCCCAGGCAAAGCUAGAUACUUUAGAUGCAAUAAGAAUUUGGACUCUACUGCAAAGAGAAAGCUUUUAAUAAAUGAUAGAGCUGGAAUAAGUAUGAGCAAGAGUUAUAACUCACUUAUAGUUGAAGCGGGGGGGUAUGAGCACCUCGAAUUUGGUGAAAAAGAUUGCCGUAAUUUCAUUGCCAAGUCAAGGCAUCUUCGUCUUGGCACAGGAGGCGCUGGAGCUCUUUGUGACUAUUUCAAAAGGAUGCAAGCAAUUAAUAAUAAUUUAUACUUUGCCAUUGAUUUUGAUGAUGAUUGUAGAUAUGAAAUGUCAUUUGCUCCUUUCGUGGGAGUUAACCAUCACGGUCAGUCAAUACUUCUUGGGGCAGCAUUAAUAUCAAGUGAGGAUACAAAGACAUUUGUAUGGUUGUUUGAGACAUGGUUGAACUGCAUGAAUGAAAGAGCGCCAAGUGCAAUUAUAACAGAUCAAAAUAGGGCUAUGAAGAAUGCAAUUAGAAAAGUUUUUCCAAAUACUCGACAUAGAUGGUGUUUGUGGCACAUAUUGAAAAAGCUUCUAGAAAAAUUUGGAUCACAUUCACAGUACCAUGCCAUUAAGGGUGCCAUACGAAGUUGUGUGUAUGAAUCUCAAACACGCGACGAGUUUGAUGCAAAUUGGCAAAGUCUACUUGAUUGUUAUAAUCUGAGGGAUAAUGCAUGGUUGUGUGGGUUAUAUAGUGAGCGUACUUUUUGGGUACCGGCAUAUCUAAAAGAUGUAUUUUGGGCUGGAAUGACUACCACGCAACGAAGUGAAAGUAUGAAUGCUUUUUUUUAUGGUUAUGUGCACUCAUCAACUACAUUGAAGGAAUUGUGGAUCAAUACGAUAGUGCUUUGCGUAGAAACUAUUCUUGUGUUAGUGCUUCCCGAGGAACUAUUCUAG